GGGACUCCAAAACACCCCCUCACUCCUCACCGCAGAACACACACUGUCACUGGGCGCAAGAACAGGAGGUGAGGAAGUUAAUGAGGACUAAUGGAGGCAGUGAAUGCAGAUGAGUUCACGGUGGAGGCGGUGGAGAGGGCUCUUCAGCAGCUCUACUAUGACCCUGAUAUGGACAAGAAGAAUGUGGCACAGAAAUGGCUCACACAAGCUCAGGCAUCACCACAAGCCUGGCACUUCUGCUGGGCUUUGCUUCAACCAGAAAAAGUUCCUGAGAUCCAGUUCUUUGGGGCAAGCACAUUACAUGCUAAAAUCACCCGUCAUUGGUCUGACCUCCCGCCAGGUCAGUUAGACUCGCUCCGCUCGCAGCUGAUCACCCAGGUCGGCCAGUUUGCGUCUGGGCCCAAGAUGGUGCUGACGAGGCUCUGUGUCGCUCUGGCCUCUUUGGUCCUUCACAUCUUACCCGAAACGUGGCCAACGGCAGUUCCAGAUCUUCUGUGUGCCUUCCAGACUGGAGAGAGUGUGACAGAGGCUGACGGUCAAGCCCGAUGCCUCGCGCUUCUAGAGCUCCUCACCGUUCUGCCCGAGGAGCUGCAGAGCAUUAGGAUUCUGGCUUCUCGGCGCUCGCAGCUGAGAAGCGCUCUGGCUGUGGACUGGAGCUCUGUCUGCUCCCUGCUCCAGCAGUUACUGCAGCGGCCGGACGCACCCUGUCCUGUCAGAGAGCGGGUGCUGAGGUGCGUGUCCUCGUGGCUCACGCUGGACAUCUCUUUAAAAGACAGCGAGGGCUUGCUGGAGAACUGCUUCGCACUGCUGAAGGAGUCCGAGCUGUUUGACACAGCCGUAGAGACCAUCGUCAGCAUCAUCUCACAGCCUGACUGUCAGAGGUUCGCAGACAGUCUGCUGAAGGUUGUUCCUCAGGUGCUGGCUCUUCAGGAGCAGCUGAAGAAGGCGGUGCAGGACGGAGACAUGGAGACGUCUCACGGAGUCUGUCGCAUUGCUGUAGCUCUGGGAGAAACGCAUUGCAGCUCUGCCCCCUCGUUCUGUCCCUCUCAACUCCCCAGGACUCUUCUGGAGCAGGUGGAUCACUGGCAGGGCUUUCAGGCUCUAGUAAGCAUGAUUAUGUCCUGCACGGGUACACCUGGACACUAUCCUGUGGAUGAGACCUCCAGCUCGCUCACGCUCACAUUCUGGUACACCCUACAGGACGAUAUAACGUCACUGGAUGCUGAGAGGCAGACGCUCUAUCUACAAAUCUACAGACCUGUGUACUUCCAGCUGGUGGACGUUCUGCUGCAGAAGGCCUGCUUCCCCAGAGACGAGGACCAUGCCACGUGGUCCGCAGAUGAUAAAGAGCAGUUCAGGACCUACAGGGUUGACAUCUCGGAUACUCUGAUGUAUGUGUAUGAGCUGCUUGGCCCAGAGCUCCUCAGAAGCCUGUAUGAUAAACUAGGCACGCUGCUGACGGACACCACACACCCCUCCUCAUGGCAAGAUAUAGAGGCUCUGCUGUUUGGCUUUCAGUCCAUUGCUGAUACUGUUGAUGUCGGUUACUCGGACGUUAUUCCAGGACUGAUCGGCCUGAUUCCUCUCAUCACAGCAAACAACGUUCAGCUGGCUGAGACCAUCAUGUUCACCAUAGGCUCUUUGGCCGAGUGGUUGUCCGAUCAUCCGCUCAUGUUGGUGAGUGUCCUGCCUGUGGUGUUGCACGGUCUGUCCAACCCGGAUCUGUCCGUGGCUUGUGUCUCAGCUCUGAAGAGGAUCUGCCGAGAGUGUCGACACGACCUCCCCCUUCAUGCCAAUGAUAUCAUGGCCGUCUCACAGGCGGUGCUCGUCAAAGACAUCCAUAAAAGCCCUCAGUGUUUGUGGAUAAUGCAGGCGCUGGGGUUCCUGCUCUCAGCCCUGCCCAGUGACCAGAUUCUGGGGAAGCUGCUCUCUCUGGUCACCCCUCACAUCCAGCAGCUGGAGAAACUGGCCAACGAGCCGCCCAGCUCUGCUAAUAAGCUUCCUAUUGUCCACAUCCUCGGCCUGCUGGCCAAUCUCUUCUCUACAUUUGACCUAAACAAGCAAAGCGAAAGAUUGGAGGUCAUGAGGCCUGUCCAGACACAGCCACACAACAACAACCCGGUGGUGGUUGUCCUACAGCAGGCCUUCCCUCUGAUCCAUACCCUUCUCAACAAGUGGCGGAAUGAACCGGAGGUGGUCGAGGCAGUGUGUGCCGUCUUUGAGAAAUCACUGAAGACCCUUCUCCAUGACUUUGCGCCGCUGGUGACUCAGCUCUGUGAGCUCAUUGGUCAGAUGUUCAGCGCUUACCCACAAGCCUCGGUUUUAGACCUCACGCGACAAUUAGUUCACAUUUUUGGCUGCGAGAAGGACCUCUUUUCUCCAAUCAUUGCUCUGUUGGAGAUGAUUACCAACAUCACCAUGUCCAUUUUUCAGCUCGGCUCCAGAGAUCAUCCAGAUGUGGUGGAGUCGUUUAUGCAGCUUCACACUCAGGUUUUGAGAAGGAAGUCUGACCUUUAUCUUUCAGACCGUCUUGAUGUCAAAGCUGUUUUCUACUGUGGUGAGCAUCAACCUUCAGAUACCUGGAAUGAACGCUGUACCAUUAAUACUUGCACUAUUAGUCACAAUAUACACUUUGUGAGUACCGUAUGCUCCAUGAGAUGCUCUCCUGAUGCUCCUGCACAGACGGAGCUGAUCUCUCAUUGUGAGGAUAUUCCUGCUGUGAGGGAGGUGCUGCAGGAGGACGGCAAGCUGCUCCUUCAGACCCUUCUGGAGGCCAUUGGGGGUCAGUCUCCACGCAGUCUGGCGGAGCACUUGGCAGAAGUCUUGUUUUCAGUGAGCCGUAACUGUCCCAGCAUGCUGUCCGUGUGGCUCAGAGAGGCUCUUCUGCCCCCUGGCUUCCCCAGCUCACAUCUCACCACCGAGCACAAAGAGCACUUCUGCCAGCAGAUGCUCAGAGAACAAGUGAGCAAACGACGGAUGAAGGACAUCGUGAAAGAGUUUGCUUCGUUGAGUCGAGGACUACAAGCCGACUACUGAUCACGCUCCAUACAAGAUCCAGAGCGGAUUCAAAAAGAUCCAGCGCACUGCUUCGAAUACAAUCAAGCCGUAUUGUUAACGGGUUAUGAUCGAAAAAGCAGUCUGGACGAUUGAAAUAAUUUGAUAUUAUUUUUGUAAUCUUAUCGCAUCUUCUGUAAACGCCACAACUGCACUGAUUUCACCACAAAAAAUUUCUAUUAAAACGAUUCUUAAAACAUGGUA